AUGCUGUCUGCACUGAGAGCUCAGGUGAGAGAAUCUGAAGCAAAGCGCGGCUUUGGUGGCGAGGGCGAGAGUGGCGAGCGUGGUCUGUUUGGCCGCAGUGGUGGCUUGCGACAAAAGUUAUUCGAGCGUGCCAACCAAGAGUAUCAUGAACAUGUCGGACAUGGUCAGGGCGGCGACUACCAGCAACAUGCUGAGCACGCUGCUCAGCGAGGUGGUGUGGACUGUCAGAUCACUCGCAGCUCUGCGAAGUGGAGCCACAACAUCAACACAGAGCACUCCAUCCAAAAUGCAUACUGCGAGAUCAUCAAGAACAGCCAGCACUUCAUCUACAUCGAAAACCAGUUCUUCAUCACCGCUACCGGAGACCAACAGAAGCCAAUCAGGAACCAAAUUGGCGCGGCUAUGGUCGAGCGCAUUGUUCGUGCUGCUCGUAAUGGCGAAAAGUACAAGAUGAUCAUCAUGAUCCCGUCUGUCCCUGCCUUUGCGGGUGACCUGAAGGCCGACGAUGCACUGGGUACUAGGGCAAUCAUGGAGUUCCAGUACGAUUCGAUCAACCGUGGUGGUCACUCCAUCUACGAAGAAAUCGCCAGGGCUGGUGUCAACCCGAUGGACUACAUCCGCUUCUACAACCUACGAAGCUACGAUCGCAUCAACUCGAGUAACGUUAUGCGUCAAGCAGAACAAGCCAGCGGUGUAUCAUACAACAAGGCAAGCGAGGGCUUCGACGCGACGCACGACGCUUCCCGCGACUACCAGGCAUACCGCCCACCUCCAACCGCUGAGUACGGCGUGUACGAGAUGGACGGCUCCACACCGGCUAGUCGUCCUCAAGAGCAAGGUAAGCAGGAAGACUACCAACGCUACCAGCAAGAAGCCGCGAAGAUUGGCAGUCACCAGGGCUUGGGAAGUGGUCGCUGGGAUUCUGUCAGCGAGUGCUACAUGCUCAACGGUGAGGACAUCCGCAACGUUCCUUGGGAGGGUGGCAAUGUCAGCGAGAUGGAUGCCUUUGUGUCCGAGGAGCUUUAUAUCCACAGCAAGCUCCUAAUCGCCGACGACCAAAUCGUCAUCUGCGGCUCUGCCAACCUCAACGAUCGCUCGCAACUCGGAGACCACGACUCGGAAAUCGCCAUCAUCAUCCAGGACCCCGAGCCCAUCGAAUCCACCAUGGACGGCCGCCCCUUCCGUGCCUCCAAAUUCGCCACCUCCCUCCGCCGCGAAAUCUUCCGCAAGCAUCUCGGCCUCCUCAAGCCGCAGGACAUGGAGCGCCCGGACCCCAACUACGAGCCCGUCGGCAUCCCCAACAUCUACGACUGGGGCUCCAACGAAGACCGCCAGGUCGCCGACCCUCUCUCGGACGACUUCCUCAAUCUCUGGAACUGGCGCGCGCGCACAAACACUGAGGCGUUUGCCAAGGUGUUCCACCCUGUGCCCGACGACAGAGUCAAGAACUGGAAGGAGUAUGAUGAGUACUACUCGCGCUUCUUCGCGCAGGAUGCCAAGGAUAAGAACAAUGUGAAGCCGAGCUUGUACAAGUGGGGCCACGUUGUGGCAGAGAACUUUGCGCAGGGGGAGCAGGGGAUUAGGGAGGUGAAGGAGGUGUUGAGCCAGAUCAAGGGCACGCUCGUGGAGAUGCCGUUGCUGUUCUUGAAGGAGGAGGAUAUUGCGAAGGAAGGGGUGGGGUUGAAUGCGCUUACGGAGGAGCUGUAUACUUAA